AUGUCCAUCACACCAAACUCUUUAAGAAAUAAAAGGAAAAACGAAUUAAAAGAAAUCGCCUCAGACCUAGGUUUAAAUACAAAAGGGCUACGCGGCGAACUUGAAGAUAGGAUAAGAAUACACUUGGAAAGUUCUGAGGUUAACAAACAUGAAGAAGAAGAAAAUCUUGAAGAUGUUUCUUUAGGCAAAGUAACGCCGCGACGGUCAGACCGUAAAAAAAGUAGGUCUAGAUCACGGAAAGAUUUAAAAGAAAUUUCGUCACACCCGAAUGGAGAUAGGCAUUCUUCAGACGAAGAAAAUCAAUCAGUGUCAUCAGAGAGUGAAAUUAAGGUGAUCAAACGAGAAACCCUUUUGGAAGAUUCAACACGAUAUACUAGCAACCAAUUGACUUUCGAAUCAUCACAACAGGAAGUUGCUGUUAAUGCGACAUAUAGAACACCACAUACUUCAGAAGAUUCAGAUAUAGCUGAACCUAGUAAUACACGAGGUUUACCAAACGAUAGGAUCUUUAGAGUCAAUACUGUUCAUGAUUCUCUUCUUCAAUUAAGAAAAAAUGUUUCUAAUGCUCACACUUUUUGUAAAACCGUUAUAUGUCUGGAACUUGCAGUGUUCUUAUAUUGUGCAAUAGAAUGGAAUUAUGAGGUUACAUCAGUUUCUAUCCCAAACUUCUUUGAAUCCGAAUCGAACGAAGCUCAUAUUUAUUAUAUACGUGUUCCAGAUAUCUUUAUUCUUUUGGAAUGGCAUCGAUUCUGGCGUCCAUUGAUUUCUUUCAUAUUUUAUCUUUUGCUAUUACCACUUGGAUUUUCAUAUAUCAUCAAUUUUGAACCACAAAGACAUGUAUAUAGUCCUUUAGCCUUUUCCGUAUUUCAGUAUAUCAUUUUUUCGGUUUCUUACGGAAACUUUGAUUGGACUGAGGAUGUUCGUGAUUUUAUUCACGAAAACUUAAUAUAUGCGGGAGCUGGAGCUGGAGCGAUCUUUGCUCUUUAUGAGAGCAUUUUAGCAAAUUAA